AAAAUAAUUCUGAAGCGGGACAAUUCGAAAGUUAUUCCUGUCCGAACUUGACAAAAAUCGAAUUGUGUAUUGGCUGAAAGUGUAAAUACACAAAAGAAUUCCAUAUGUGACAUUUUUGUUGACAUGGUUCAGAUGGCGAUAAAUCUGUAGAUUGAAUAGAUUUUCUUUUCUGUUACAGAUACUGUAAAGAAUUAUUUUUGUCAAGUGUUAAUAUUUUAUUUAAUGAUUUAGUGAUUUACUUAAUCAGUGUUAAUUAUCAAACAGUUUUAGAUUAAAGGGGAAGGUUAUUUGUUUUUCAAUCAUGACUGAUGAACUAUAUGCGAAGAGAAUACCUGUGGUGUUCAAGUCGUCUGACCGUGAAGAUAGAAGGGCCUCUGUAUCUAUUAAGAUGGAGUUGGCAACAGUGACUACACCAACAACAAGGAAGGAGCUGGUUGUGAGAUUGACAGAUGAGAAAGACCUGUUUUUUCUAUAUACCUUGAGGUUAGGUGAAGAGGAUUUUCAGAGUUUGAAGAUGCAGCAAGGCUUGUUGGUAGAUUUUGGAGCUUUUCCACAGAAGUUUAUAGAUUUACUGGAGAUGUGCUUGAAGGAAGAACACAAAGAUAUUCCAAAGUUUGUUCUUCAUAUAAUAAGCCAGGGAAAUUAUAAUGGUGACAGAUCUACAGCCACUUUGAAUAUAGUGGAAACAAACCCGUUCAAACAUUUAAACCACCUCUCUUUAAAGUUUGUACCCGGCUCAGAUGCCGAUGUGAAAAAAUACCUUGCAGACUGCUUAAAACAGUUUAAGGAAACAAACAGUUUACUCCAGCAGAGGUUAGAGCACACAGAUGCAGAUUUAAAUCACAGAUUGAAAAAUACACAAGAGUUACUGAAUUCCAAAACAAUAGAAUUGGACAACUUGAAGGCAGAGUGGACAGCUAAACUAAAUGACCAGAUAGCUAAGCAUAAACAAGAAAUAGCUAUAGAAAAAGAACGUGCAUAUCAGCUUCAGUCAGGUAGUCAGCAGAGACAGGAACAAGAGAGAAGAGAGAUGGAACAAUCUCACAAUAAAAUGGUUCAACAAUUAGAGAGUAGAUUAUAUGAUGUAGAAACUGUUAAUAAGGAUCUUACAGAGAGAAGAUAUAAAAAUGAGGCAACUAUACGAGACCUGAAAUCAAAACUCUCCACCAUAGAGGAAGAAAACACACAUCUAAAACAAGAUGUUCAAAGUCUUCGGAAACAGAAUUCUUCAUUAGAUGCUGAUUUCCACGAGCAAGAGAAGGUAAUUAAUCAACUUAGAAUGAGAGUUGCUGUUCUUGAACAAGAAAUCAAAGACAAGGAACAAGUUCUAACAAAAUCAUCUGACUUAUUAGGUGCAGAACAAGAUAAAAAGAGACGAUAUGAAGAUGACAUCGAUUCACAGAAGAAAGAGAUCCAUAAACUCAAUAAUAAAAUGAAGGCUAUGUCUGAAGAGCUGAUGAAAGGAAAUGAAAUUAUUAAAAAGCUGCAAAGUGAAAUUAAAAAUUACCAUGGAAAAAUUAAGUUAAGAACGCAGAUUGCAACAGAACAAGAAAAACUUCUAAACGAAAAAGAGAACGAGCUUGAAAAAAUACGACAUGAGCUUGUAGCCUCUAAAGAUGAUCUCAGUCAAAAAACAGAACAGAAUAAAACUUUGAAAGAGAACUAUGAAACCACUGUACAGAAACUAGAAGAAUGCCGGGAACUACUGAAGACAAAUGAAAAUGUGAUUCAAUGGUUAAACAAACAGAUCAACGAGACACAGUUACAGCAUCAGAGAGUGGGAACAUUUGAGAUGCCAGGCUCAAUGGGUAGCUUCAGACCGUCAGGGAAUGCUCUUCACAACUACAGUACAUCUAGUUAUGGUUCAACCCAAAUGUCCAGUCACACACAACCAGGGGGUGACAGAGGGAUUGGUGUUGGUGUGCCCCGCCCAUAUCCAAACCAGCAUAAAGCUCCACAGGUUCAGUAUAAUCCUGGCCAUCCUAAACGGAGUGGUCUGCCCAUGCCAACCUCAUUACGGAAUGGAGCCCCGCCUAUACCAGAAGAGAUCCGACCAACCAGUAGUCGACACAGUUCACCGGGAUCCAAUCAUUCAAAUCAUUCGGCUGGAGAUAAAGAAAAUGAUCCACCUCUAGAUCCAAAAUAUUUGACAAAACGGGAAGAUGCAAUACCAUUAAGGGGCGUGUCAUCGACAAGAAGUGCCUCCCCUCCUGUAAUACACUCGGGGCUAGGUACGCACAUAAACUCUCGACUCAGCCAGCAACAAGUGGUCGUACCAAAAGCAAUGCAUUCUCAGCCGCCACCACUUGCCUCCGCAUAUUUUCCUGGACAGAAAGGAUCCUGAUGGGCUUACAAAAUGAUUUAGCAAAAAAGUCUGUUUUAUUUUAUACAAUUCAAGGCAAUACCUGAUGAUGGAAGUUGCACCGUGUCAGUCUCAUGAUAAAGUUAGGUGAGGCAGCAUGUCAUGUCGAGUUAAAGCUUAAAGGUUCAGUACUCAGCAACUUUGUUAGAUAUAGAGUUAUUGUUUCUGCUGAUGUCAGCAUUAUUUAUAAGAGAAACUUGCUUGAACGAUAUUUUUGUGCUGUGAAAGUGUCAAAAACAUAAGCAAUAUUGUUAAUGAUUUGUUGACUGAGUAAUUGACAAUGUGCCGUCCUAUUUAAGUGCAGUAUACAGGUGUUCUGACAUUUUAAAUUUUUUUAUCAAAAUUAGUUGCAAUCUCCUUAUAUAUUAGUUAUUAUUCUAUUUGAAUUUUCAUCUAAUUGUUUAUAUGAGACACAGGUUAAAACAGCAGUGUCUCCUUUCUUCUGUAAGGUUUUAUAGACAAAGUUUUUCAAUCCAGCUUAAUCUUGAUGUGAUGGUAAUGUAAUCUUAAAAAGAAAUAGAGCACAACACACAUCUUCUCCCCCACUACCUAGCACAAACACCAUGAUAAGUACCUUAAGUAGAUCGACACCACAAAGAUUGCUGAAGGUCUGUGGUUCUACCCAGAUAUGCAAUGAAGAAGAAGAACUUUUAUUUGUAGAAAAAAUUCGGAAAAUCACUUAUAUUCUUUGCAGUGUGCACUUCAUAAUUUCCUAAAGAGAAACCUAACUUACUUGAUCUUCCUCAGGGAAAUGGCUGUUACAGUGUUUGAUACUGUUGUGUGUGACUUAACAAAAUUAUAAAUAUCAAAUAUUGCACGUAAUCAGGUCAGCAGUUCUAGCUAUGUCUCAAUUUUACUACAGUUUUACUACAGAGAUAACAAUUAUUAGAUGCAUUUGCGAAUUUACGUGCCACUUAACUCAUUUUUUAUUUAUUUAGACAUAAUUAUGACCAAUUUAACAUUGUCUAUUUCAGAGACUAUUCUUGUUAAUGGCUAUUUAAACUGAAUUGUUUUAAGAGA